AGUGCCCGCCCACUGCCCGCGCGGUGGCUCAGGAGUCGCCAGUUUGCCAGCGGCACCAGCAGCGGCUCGGGGAUGUACGGCAGCGUCCAGCCGCCGCGCCUCACAGCAUGAGUCCCGGGACACGGUGCAGAGUGUGAUGUAAAUAGACUUCCAGGUGUCAUUACUGUGAAGAUUUAAUUGGUGGAGUGAACAGGAGGAAAGCACAGUCUGUUUGUAGGUGUUAACAGGAAUCAUGAAGCUCGUGUCUUGAUAAUGUAUUUUCCAUAGUGUUGCUGUGUUACUUCCAAGGGACGGAUGGUGUGGAAAGUAUGGACCUGACCAACGGACAAUUCUGUACUGUUAAUCUCACGGCUGUUCCUUCAGAGAAAAGUAGCAGCUCCGAGUCUCUGAGUGAGAGAGCUUCUUCUGAUCCAAAGAAAAGCUUUGAUGCUGUGGUGUUUGAUGUCCUGAAGGUGACACCAGAAGAAUUUGCUAGUCAAAUAACGCUAAUGGAUGCACCAGUUUUUAAAGCUAUUCAGCCUGAGGAGCUCUCUAGUUGUGGCUGGAACAAAAAAGAAAAGCACAGUCUGGCACCAAACGUUGUAGCUUUUACAAGAAGAUUUAAUCAUGUGAGCUUUUGGGUUGUCAGAGAGAUCCUUACCGCACAAACACUAAAAAUAAGAGCAGAAGUUUUGAGCCACUAUAUUAAAACUGCAAAGAAAUUGUAUGAAUUGAAUAACCUACAUGCACUAAUGGCUGUGGUGUCUGGAUUGCAGAGUGCACCUAUCUUCAGACUUACAAAAACAUGGGCGCUUUUGAGCAGAAAAGAUAAAACAACAUUUGAAAAAUUAGAAUAUCUGAUGUCCAAAGAAGACAAUUACAAGAGACUUCGAGAUUACAUUAAUAGUUUGAAGAUGACACCAUGUAUUCCAUAUUUGGGAAUUUAUCUGUCUGAUUUGACAUACAUUGACUCAGCGUACCCGUCAACACACAGUAUCAUUGAGAGUGAACAAAGAACAAACCUAAUAAACAAUAUAUUAAGAAUAAUUUCAGAUCUUCAGCAAUCUUGUGAAUAUGAUAUCCCUUUGCUACCACACGUCCAGAAAUAUCUGAACUCAGUGAGGUAUAUUGAAGAACUUCAGAAGUUUGUAGAAGAUGACAAUUACAAACUCUCAUUAAAAAUUGAGCCAGGCACCAGCACACCACAGUCCACUGCCUCGAGGGAAGACCUGGCAGGUCCUGAUGCAUCAGCAUCCCCACAGAGCAGUCGGAAAAUCAUGGCAGCUGAGGCAGCCUUGAUGCAAGUACCACCAACUCCACCUUCCUCCAGACACCUGUUAACACAUGGACACAGGAAGUCUCACAGUCUGGGAUACAAUUUUAUACACAAAAUGAAUACUGUAGAAUUUAAAAGUGCAACGUUUCCCAAUGGAAGACCUCGGCACCUGCUGGAUGACAGUGUAAUGGAAAACUACGCCCCCUCACGAGUCCAGGCAGAAAGCUCCACCAUCUCCAGUGGAAUAUCAUUAGGCAGCAGCGAGGGUUCAGAACUUAGUGAAGAGGUCUCGUGGCCAGCAUUUGAAAGGAACCGCUUCUAUUAUUCUCUUGGUACAGUACAAAGAGUUGGCCGGAAUGGCUACAGAGGCCACAUGAAGGCCAACAGUUCGGUGGAAUCUGAGGAGGUGGCAGUGAAUCUUUACCCAGGAACUGUUACAGUUCAAGGCGUUCUGAGAAGAAAGACCUUACUGAAAGAAGGCAAAAAGCCCACGGUGGCAUCAUGGACUAAGUACUGGGUGGCUUUAUGUGGAACUAAGCUCUAUUACUACUCAGCAAAGUCUCUGAAACCAACAGAAAGAAAACAUUUUAAGUCAAGUUUGAGUAAAAGUGUGUCUGUUGUGGGCUGGAUGGUGAUGAUGGCUGAUGAUCCGGACCAUCCAGAUGUUUUCCAACUUACAGACUCUGAGCGGGGAAACUCUUACAAGUUCCAGGCUGGUGGUAGAGUAAAUGCAAUGCUCUGGUUUAAACAUUUGAGUGCUGCCUGCCAAAGCAACAGACAACAGGUUCCUGCCAACUUAAUGUCCUUUGAGUGACUGAAACAUGGACCUACCUAAUUGGAGGAAUAACUUGGAUGCAGGACUUGAUAAGUGUGUGCAGGACCUAAUUGAAGAAUGCCAGUGUUUUGUUUAUUCUGUGCCCAGAACAGAAUCCAGGGACUUUUGUUGUCUUGGUAUUAGAGCCUGAAUUGGAUCGCUAACCGCUGGGACUGUUUGGAAAUCAGCGGUCAUCCGAGAAUAACCAAGUACAUUUGAAUCUCUGUGAAUUGUGCAUCUCAAUUGCACUGCCUGACCUGUGGAACCACUGCCUUAAGCAAGAGAAGAUUUGUUGCACCAAAUAGUGUACAUUGUAUAUCCAGUGAUGCUGGGCUUUUGAUACAGAGAAUCCAGCUAAAUUACAGUUAUUAUAGUUAAUAGUUUGGGGAGGGCUUUCUUAGCUUUUUUUUCCAUUUCUUUUGUUCAGCAUUCAUUUCUGUUAAACUGCUCUAGGCUAGUUAACCCAUGUUGGGUGUGGAAACAGAAUGAGCUGUCUGUGUAGUCAUCAGUAUUACCAUGUAGAACAAUUGCACAUCCAUAGGUUUUUAAAUACCUAAAUAUUUUAUUUUGUUGAGAAAGUGUUUUUUAACUGAACUGUUUUGUACCCAGUGUAAUUUCCUUUUUUAUUUUUUUUUCAAUUUUUACAAUGUGAACAUUCUGUGAAUUUUUCUGCUGCAGUCUUGGGUGGGGGGGGGGGGUUGGACUUUAACUGUGGUAACUUUGUACUUUGAACAUUUAGACAUACACCAUUUGGUCAUUGUAUAUUUUUUCACUCACACUAAUAUAUGCAGCAUGAGUUGACCCUCUCACAUUCUGCUAACGUACAUUUUGCAUUCUGUCAAAUAACUGUAGAACUACUACUGAAUCUGAUGGCAACUUUCUAUUGCUUUUAGUGUGACUGAUGUCUUUAUCCCACAACUCUGAAUGUAGUGUGGGUAUGUGUGGAUUUUGGUGUGCACGUGCACAGGCAAUUUAAAAAAAUCUUUAGGUACAGAUUGGAGAGAUCUUUCCUACUCAAUAAAUAUCUUGCAAAUGCAAGCAGAUAAUUUGACCAUUUGCAUGCUGUUUCUACCAAA